AUGCCUCCCCGCGAGAAGAGCUCGCUCAAGCGAGGUCGGGCUACAGCCACGGCCGAUGCAGAUUCGCAAAAGAAGCCCCGGCGCUCUCAGAGAAUCUCGAGCCAAAUUGAACCCGAAACGCCGGUCGACUUGAACUAUUUGCCAACGCCACAAACAGGUGCUCAAUCCACCACUCCAGAAACCCGAAAGGACGUGACAGUCACACCCCCCGAAAGCCCGCACGAACAAUCAUCCCAACCUCAUUUGUCCCAGCACGAUUCCUCCCCACCACCGGAGGAUACACAGGCACUUUCGCAGUUCGUGUAUCCCCCCAGAGCAUUUGCAGAUGGGGUGGAGGACGAGCACGCGGAAGGGGUAUGGGGCUACUUGCUCCCAUUGGAUGAAAAGGGUAACGGCCCCCUGGUGCUGAGGAAGCGUGACGGCUGCGACAAAGCCUGUGACCCGGAGAGCGAUGCCAAGACGAAAGCUGGCAAGGCACCGCAGAAAUCCAAGCAAAUGCAGUCACCGGGCGGCUUCUUGGUGGGCCGUCAUCCAGAGUGUGAUCGCGUUCUUGAAAUCCCCACAAUCUCAAACCGGCACUUCCUCAUCUUCGCUGAGAAUAAGAAGGGUGAGACGGUGGCAAUCCUGGAAGACCUUUCCAGCAAUGGAACAUUUGUGAAUGAUGCAAUUGUUGGGCGCAACAAGCACCGAGAGUUAGAAGAUGGUGACGAGAUCUCCAUUCUCAACGAGACGCGGUUUGUCUUCCGCUACCCUCGCACGCGGGAAACCCAUGGGUUCCGUCAGCAAUACCGGAUUCUUCAGCAGCUUGGCAAAGGUCAUUUUGCAACCGUCUAUCUCUGCGUGGAGAAAUCCACGGGCGACAAAUAUGCAGUCAAAGUCUUUGAACGACGCCUGGGAGACUCACAGAAGUCCCAAUCGGACGAUGCUCUGCAGCAAGAAAUUGCCCUUCUGAAGGGGGUGAACCACCCCAAUCUAUUAUGCCUGAAGGAUACCUUUGACGACCACGAUGGCGCUUAUCUGAUCCUUGAACUAGCUCCCGAGGGGGAGCUCUUCAACAUGAUCGUGGAGAGAUCCAAGCUGAGUGAAGACGAGACUCGUGGAGUGUUCCGUCAACUGUUUGACGGUUUGAAGUAUUUGCAUGAGCGAGGAAUUGUGCAUCGAGAUAUCAAACCAGAGAACAUUCUGGUUGCGGAUCAAAAGUUGCAUGUGAAAUUGGGUGACUUUGGACUUGCCAAGAUCAUUGGAGAAGAAUCCUUUACGACGACCCUCUGUGGUACACCGAGUUAUGUGGCUCCCGAGAUUUUACAAGACAAAUAUCGUCGGCAAUACACCAAGGCCGUAGAUGUAUGGUCCCUUGGCGUGGUGCUUUACAUCUGCCUCUGUGGCUUCCCACCCUUCUCCGAUGAGCUGCGCACGCGGGAGAAUCCCUACAGUCUUGCUCAGCAGAUCAAGUUGGGCAAGUUUGACUACCCGUCUCCGUAUUGGGACUCCGUUGGCGACCCAGCCCUGGACUUGAUUGACCGCAUGCUCACUGUGGACGUUGAAAAGCGGAUCACGGUGGAUGAGUGCCUCGAGCACCCUUGGAUGACUGGCAAAUACCCGAAGGUCACGGACAGCACAGAUGGCCUCACCGGGGACUUUGGGAAACUCGACUUCUCCAAGCGCAAGGUGCAGCGGGAGCGCACUUUACUCAGCAGUGUCAACGAUGCCCACUUCAACCAGCGCGCUGAAGGCAGUGAGACCCCGGUCAAGGUGUUUAACAACGAAGCUGGCAAGCGUGUUCACAAUCGCCCGGCCAAGCGGGAAGAGUCACCCAGUGGCAACCGGGAGACCAAAGACUUCAUCAACAUUGGCGAACGUGGAGAUCCCACGCUGUACGAUCACUAA